AUGGCAUAUGCUGCAUAUCCAUCAACAGCCUCAUCCAGACAAGUAAUGCCUGCUCGUCGAUAUCAAAUUCGAGAAAAAAUAUUUUCAAUUGGUGAUAAUUUCAAAAUCAAAGAUGAAGCAGGCCAAGAUGUAUACACAGUUCGAUCAAAACUCUUUUCAUUGGGUGAUAAACUGGUCCUCGAAGAUAUAGCUGGCAACGGUCUGAUAAAAAUUCAACAACAAAUGCUUCAUCUUCAUCCAACUUUCAAUAUCUUGUCGGCUCGUCCUAAUGAUUCAGAUCGAGAAUUAGCGGUUGUGAAAAAGAAGUUCGCAUUUUUUCAUCAAAAAUUUAACAUUGAAUCUAUUUAUGGUAAUUAUUCAUUGGAAGGUCUUGAUAUUUUUGCUCAUUCAUUUACACUGGUAAAAAAUGGUCAAACAGUAGCAAUAGUUAGCAAAACAUUUUUCUCAUUAUCAGACACAUAUGGUGUUGAAAUUGCUGGUGAUGAAGACCACGCUUUCAUUUUAGCUCUUGUUAUUGUUCUUGAUCAAGUCCUAUAUGACAAAAAGAAUUAG